UGGAGCGGACUGGUGACGUCACGGAAGGCGGCGGGGAGGAGAGGCUGUGUUGGGCAUGCGCAAUAAGGUCGGCUUGGCCGUCCAGAACCUGACUGGCAGCGAGAGUCCUUCCUCUGCGGGCGAGGUUUCCAGCGCCGCCGCAGGGGUGUCCGACCCCUGCCCUCCCGGUAGCGGGCGGGAAGCUGCCGGGCGUACAGGAGCCCGCGAACCCGCAGCGGAAGUGGAAGAACGUAUGGUCUUCCUCAAAUGUCUGGAGCUCAGAGAUGCGGCCCAAGGGAGGGAACUGUGGCUAGUUAAGGAGGCCAUGCUUGAUGUUGCUCCCAGAUCCCAUGUCAACACUGAGUACUCAGCUGCUGGUGGCAGCUGCUCAGCAGACCCUGGGCCUGGGAAAGAGACGGGGCCCACCCCGAGCCGUUUGUCUUCACCUAGCUGGAGAGGUGCUGGCUGUGGCCCUGGGAGUAAAGCCAGCUCUGCUCUAUGACGUCAACUGUGCAGGGGCAUCAGAGCUCCAGAGUUAUCUGGAGGAGCUGCAGGGCCUGGGUUUCCUGAACCAGGGACUUCACAUCCUUGAGAUUGGAGAAAACAACCUGAUUGUCAGUCCUGACCAUGUAUGUCAGCACUUGGAGCAGGUGCUACUUGGUACCAUAGCCUUUGUGGAUGUUUCCAGCUCCCAGCCUCACCCUUCCAUCUGCUCCCUGGACGAGGUACAGGACUUGAAGGCCCUCGUGGCUGAGAUCAUCACACAUUUACAGGGGCUACAGAGAGACCUAUCCCUGGCAGUCUCCUGCAGCAGGCUCCAUUCCUCAGACUGGAAUCUCUGUACUGCGUUUGGGAUCCUCCUGGGCUAUCCUGUCCCCUAUACCUUUCGCCUGAACCAGGGAGAUGACAACUGCUUAGCGCUCACCCCACUACGGGUGUUCACGGCCCAGAUCUCAUGGCUGCCCGGUCAACUGCCAGUCUUGCUGUAUUCCUUUAGUGUCCCAGAGAGCUUAUUCCCAGCCCUGAGGGAUAUUCUAAACAUUUGGGAGAAGGACCUGAGGACUCGAUGUAGGGCUCAGAAGGACUUUGCUGACCUCAGCAUUUCCUCUGAGAUAGUCACACUGCCAGCUGUGGCCCUGUAACUCUUCUCCCAUGUAGAAAUUGCUCAAUAAAUGGCCAGCUCUAAGUCAAGGAUGGCAAAGAGGAAUCAUCUCAAGUGUCAAUUCUGUGCAUCUUGAGAACACCAGGGAAGAAUGCUAUAAUUUGUUGGCCACAUCUGCAGUGGGCAUAGGUAUAGGUGGUACUGGCAUUGGUAGUGCAUAUUUGCCAUCUCUGUACUUAGGGAAUCCCCUUGACUCAGCUCAUGUCUAUUCGUCAUCACUGGGUAGGAGACAGAAGGAAAGAGAUUGCACAGAAGAAGGGUGGUGGAGGACAAGUCAUAUGCCCUUGUAUCAUCCCGCUGUUAAUACACCUGCCAUCUGUGGGUAGUGUCUGCCAGAAAGUAGAAGGACUGCGUUUUACUGCCUGUUUAUAUACCUCCAACUGAUUUGGACUAGAGAGAGUAGACCAUGUGCUUAAACGUCUUAAAAUUUGUGAUGUGAUGUGUCAUUUGGGAAUAAACCGAGAGUUGUGAGGAACAGACUGUCAGGUGACAUUUAUUUGUUUAUUUUACCAGUAGUUUAAAAAAA